AUGCCAAUGUAGGUGUAGCGCGCACUAUCCAGUAACCAUCUGUUGAAUAGUGCUAAGAUUCUUUGUGGAGGAAAGAGAAAGAAAUAUUUUUUGUGGGUUCAAUUCUCACAUACACAGGCGCUCUCGCGGCUGUACUGCGCCGAAUAUACAUAUAGAACUAAUGGCUGCGCACACUUCUGGUAAUGGGUUCUGAAGCCUUUGUGCUUAGGAGCAUAUUGGCAUCACUGGGUUCCUCCUGGAUUUACAGAUUUUGAAGAGGAAGAGAGAGAGAAAACAGAGAAAGAUGUCUCUUUGUGGAACAAUACAGGAAGAUGCUGCAAUAAGAGGGGGAGAUAAGCUCAUAUUAAGGGGCUUGAAGUUCCAUGGUUUUCAUGGAGUGAAGCCAGAAGAAAGGACGCUGGGUCAGAAAUUUGUGAUAGAUGUUGAUGCUUGGAUGGAUCUCCGGGAGGCUGGUAAAUCUGAUCGUUUGUCAGAUACCAUUAGUUACACCGAAAUUUAUCGCAUUGUAAAGGAAGUUGUAGAAGGGCCACCUCAUAAUCUUCUGGAGUCUGUGGCUCAACUCAUCGCAUCUACCAGUUUGAAAAAUUAUCCCCAGAUAUCUGCUGUCUCUGUGAAAGUUGGGAAGCCGCAUGUCGCUGUUCAUGGUCCUCUUGACUACUUGGGUGUCGAGAUAUUUAGAUACAGAAGUGUUGAUGCGCCAAACUAAGAUUUUAUGAGUUACUCAAAAACAGGCAAAUCUGUGCCCCUUGUGACAGCCUGACACAUUUGACUUGGGUGUUAUUUUGUUUUCUUCUCUUUUGAACUUGUUUGUGGGGAUCCUUGUUCCGUAUCUUGAACCAGCGACAGUUAUUGUUUAUGUAGUUCUUUCUUGUGCUUAUCCUGAUUUUUUACUUGGGAUUUCAUCUUGGUUACCUUCUUUUGAGUACUUGGUACACCUCUGAACUUCAUUUUAUUGAAUUUCUUCGUCAAGAUUGCAGCAACGGGUCAAAACCCGAACUUAUACGUCAGAUGCAAAGUCAGCUGGUCUCGACUCAUGGGUGAAAAUAGUUUAAAUCAGUUAGCAUGAUUUGUUAGUAGUUGUAAUGAGUUGCAAAUGUGGUGGAAGAAAUGAGUGGAUCUUCUCAACAAUAGCUACUAUGUACAAUUACAUCCAUUCAGAAAAUAAAAUACAAAAUUGUUGUGAA